UUUUACGUUCCUUGCCAUCUAAACAGCAGAGCAACUGCUGUUCGAAAUCAAAACAUUCACCACGGUUUUCAGCCGAAACAAGAACAUUCUGCACAAGAUUACAAUUUUCAAGUGUUUUUCCUGAUAUCCCUGCCAAACCAUGGGCAAACUGGAACUACUACAGUGUCUGACCGGCCACAGGGGGCGCGCCUGGGGAGCUGGAUGGCACCCGAAGGGAAACGUGCUCGCAACCUGCGGCGAAGAUAAGACCAUCCGUAUCUGGGCGGAAGAUGCGAGUCAACGCUGGGUGGCCAAGACGGUCCUGUCCGACGGUCACUCCAGAACCAUUCGGGAUGUGGCGUGGUCUCCGUGUGGGCAGUAUCUGGCAUCGGCCAGUUUCGACGCUACCGUUGCCAUCUGGGACAAGAAAUCAGGUGAAUUUGAGUGCAACGCAACCUUGGAGGGCCAUGAGAACGAAGUCAAAAGCGUAUCCUGGUCGAAGUCUGGCUCCUUGCUGGCCACGUGCAGUAGAGACAAAUCUGUGUGGGUUUGGGAGGUGGCCCAAGAGGACGAAUACGAAUGUGCAGCCGUGUUGAAUACCCACACACAGGAUGUGAAGAAGGUCGAAUGGCAUCCCCAUGAGGAUAUCCUGGCUUCGGCCAGUUACGACAACACCAUCAAGCUCUACAAGGAAGACCUGGCCGAUAGCGAUUGGAGCAGUUUCGACACGUUGGUUUCGCAUGAGUCCACUGUUUGGAGCAUUUCGUUCGAUGGGAGCGGAAAACGGUUGGCGUCGUGCAGCGAUGACCAAACCGUAAAAAUCUGGCAAGAAUACAAACCGGGUAACGAGUUUGGAGUUAGUUGUCCGGAUAACACGCCAGUGUGGAAGUGCGUCUGCACCUUGUCCGGAUAUCACAGUCGCAGCGUGUACGACAUCAGUUGGUGCAAACAGAGCGGACUGCUGGCCACGGCCUGUGGGGACGAUAUGGUGAGGAUAUUCAAAGAAGUGGAAGGCUCCUCGCCGCAUGAGCCGACCUUUGAAAUGGUCGGUUCGAAACAUGCCCAUUCCCAGGACGUUAACACGGUUGAGUGGAAUCCGACUGUGGUUGGACUGUUGGUCACUACCAGCGACGACGGCGACGUGAAAUUGUGGAAGUACGAGCCAGAAGAGUAACCAGAAGCCGUCUGCUACAACAGGCCAGAUGAAAAUUGAUUUAUUAUACAUUUCGGGAUUUGUUGCGGUAAUUAUAACAGAAUAACAAAAAUA